AUGCUCCGACCGAGAUCAAGGGCUUCCCGCCUGGCUUUUGGCCUUGGCAUGCGCUCAACUGUCAAUGCCCGCCGUUCAAUCCAUCAUGUGCCUGAGCUGCCGCAUGAUUAUUCCCAGGGUGUUCCCAACCUUAUGAGCCCUGGAGGUUUUAAUAUUGCUUGGUCCGAAUACAUGAAGCUCACAGUGGAGAAGCUCAAUGCUUUGACUGUCGGUACCGAGCUCGAGGAUAAGGACACAAAGACAAUUGCCCUCAUGACAGCCCGUGAGCCCAACCAGGCCCCCAUCUUCAACUAUGCCUCGAUGGCGCACAACAACCACUUCUUCUUUCAGGGCAUCUCCCCCGAAGGCACCCCCAUGCCUGAUGCCCUUCGCAGCGAACUCGAGGCCUCAUUCUCCUCUAUCGAGACCCUCCGCCGCGAAUUCAUUAUCACCGCUUCCGCCAUGUUCGGCCCCGGUUUCCUCUGGCUCGUCAAGGCCGGCCCCGGCGACUACCGCCUCCUCCCCACCUACCUCGCCGGCUCUCCCUAUCCCGGCGCUCACUGGCGUGCCCAGUCCACCGACAUGAACGCUGUCGGCAAGGACGGCUCUGCCCGCACCUUUAUGAACAACCAGGCCUACGGCGCCAACAAGCGAACCGGCGAUCUUCCCCCAGGUGGCAUUGAGCUCGAACCCCUCCUGUGUCUAAACACCUGGGAGCACGCGUGGCUACUGGAUUGGGGUGUUGGUGCUGGCGGUCAGGGUGGAAAGGUUGCCUUUGCCGAGUCAUGGUGGAAACUCAUUGAUUGGGAGAAGGUGGCCCAGAAGUCGGGAGUGCUACGACCUGACUUCAAGUCGGCGUAA